AGACUGAGAAAGAGAGAAAGAGCGAGAGAAGGAGGGAGGGAGAGAGAGAGGCGGCCUCCAUCUCAGUGCAGAAGUGGGUGGAGGGCAUUUAUAAUCUUUUAGCUUAACUGUACUAAAACACGUUGAUUUGGUCUCAGUGGAAACUGAAAGGCACCAUCAGCUACAAGAGGGGGUUUAUCAGGACCGAGGAAAUGUCCAGACUGUUCCGAGCCGUGAUCAUGGGUCCGCCUGGCUCGGGGAAGGGCACCAUCUCGGAGCGGAUCGCCAGAGGUUUCGGCCUGCAACAUCUAUCCAGCGGAGACUUCCUAAGGGAGAACAUCACUGCCAACACGGAGGCUGGAAUCUUGGCUAAAACGUACAUAAAUAAGGGUCUACUUGUGCCAGACCAUGUCAUGACCCGUCUGCUGCUUCCCCGACUGGAGGCGAUGACCCGUCACAGCUGGCUCUUGGACGGCUUUCCCCGCACUUUAGCACAGGCUGAAGCUCUGAACAGUGCUUGUGAGCUGGACGUAGUCAUUAGCCUUAACAUCCCCCUGGAGACACUGAAGGAAAGACUGAGUCAUCGCUGGAUCCACCCAGCCAGCGGGAGGGUAUACAACAUGUGCUUCAACCCUCCUCGUGUGCAGGGAGUGGACGAUAUCACUGGAGAGCCUCUAAUUCAACAGGAAGACGACAAGCCAGAGGCUCUGGUUGCCAGACUGAGGCACUACAAAGAUGUGGCAAAGCCAGUCAUAGACUUAUACAAGGCCAAAGGAAUUCUGCACACAUUCUCGGACACAGACACGGAUCAGAUCUGGCCCUAUAUCAGCUCUCUCCUGAGCACCAAGAUUCCGGCAGAUCGAUUGGACACACAGAGAGCCUCAACUCACUGAAGGAAUUGUUGCAUAUCAAACACCAGUAUAGCGCUGCUUUAUCUCACAUCACCUGCACCUUCACUACAUUAUUCCACAAAUAAAGCAUCUGAAAAGUGAUCCAUCUGAAAGACAGAUAAGCCCUUAAUUCUUAAAGAACAGACCAAAGGAAUGCUAAUUAUUGGCUGCUUCUGUCACUCGUUGGCUAUUAUUUCAAACAGCUUUUGUUGCGGUAAUCAUUGGUCAAGUUUGCAUCUCAGCCAGUAACAGAGACCUGGUUAUUAGUUACGUUUUUACCUUUUUUCCAGGAAGUACGGCCAUAAAUGCUAUCGAUUAAGAGUAAACGAAUAUUCAGAAAUUUAAAAUUAGACAAGUCGAGGCUCACUUUCGCAUAUUUACCCAGUGUAGUAUGUAAGUAAUUACAAAUGAAUCAGAUGGGAAUAAUGAAUAUAUGUGACUGCUGUGAAAGGGAAUGUCUAGUAGUUUAACAUCACAUUCAGUCCAACAUUCCAAUGACUUUGUAGGUGAUUUUGUACCUUUUCUUGAUACUUAAGCUGCACCUAUGGCUUAUGCUGCCUUCUUUAUUACGGUGAAAUUUUCCACUACAAUAUGUGAAUCCUACAGUUACUGAGUGCGUGUACAGAUUUAAAUGAUACUGUAUGUGCAGUCUCCUCAGGAGAGUGUGAUAGAGGCGUAAUGUUAGCUGUGAGAAAUUUGAUGGUUGGUCUUUUGGCUCUUCACACUCGGACCAACAGACUUUGAGACAAUGUUACAUGUAAGGAAUGGCUUAAAGUGUUCUACGCUGUGAUGCCAAGUGAGUGUUUAUCUAUUACAAGUGCCACAUGCAGACAGUGAUGAGUGAACUCCCCUUUGUAGCACUUCUGAAGUGUUUUAAUGAUGUUUUCUAUUUGUUAUUGUGGCCUAGCCAACAUAUAUAGCAAAUAUAUGUCAAUUUAAGACAUAUUAUGUCAUUCAGUACCACAUAAUUUUGAUGAAGAUAAACAGUUGUAUGCAAAUGUCAAACGCACCCUCAGUCAAAUUACAUGUUUUGUUGAUUUUCUAAGUGAAAAUAAAUACAGAUCCUCCACAAAGAACACACUUCUGCACAGUUACUGUAUAUUUGCUAAAUUUAACAUAUUGGGGAGUUUGUGUGCCAAAUAACAUUCUCAUAUUUAAACUUGUUCCCUGUAGAGGAUGUGUUAACUUAGUUUCACUUCGAAAACCUACAAAACAUGUCAUUUGACCAGAUAAAGCUAAAGAUAAAGGCUUUUCUCAUCAUAAAAUUGUGAAUAUAGUUCAACUUGGGCUGCACCAAAUCCCAGCCCUGAGCAUCUGAUUGUACAAUCACCUGCUGAAAAAUAAACGAGAUAAGCUUCUAAACCACAGUGUCAGAGCAUCAGCUUCAGAGAGAGAGACUGUACAGUGCUCAUCAUGUAACUCAAAAUGAGAGAAAAUACUGCUUUACCUCUGAAAAAGUUUUCGGGAUCUCUCUUUUUCUCUCUUUGUGUGAAAAGACACUAAAACUGCAAACCAAAGGUUGUAAAAUGUUGAGGGCUUGUGGAAAAGUUUUCCACUCCUCCACACCCUCCUGCUGUGCAGUACCACACGGGAUGCCUUAACUUUAUGUGGGCUCUGAAUCUGCCCUUUCCAAAAGAAAUAAACAUAUUUUUUCAAAAAUG